AUGACCGACGCGGACAUCCUCGCCGGCCUCAAAAUAGCCCGAGACAACAACGUUGCCACAGCCUGCGUUAAACCCUACCUCAUCUCUCUCGCCAAACAGGAACUCGCAGGCUCCGACGUCCUCGUCUGUCCGGUCAUCGGCUUCCCCCACGGCAACAGCACCACCGCCAUCAAGGUCACCGAAGCCACGGCAGCUGCGCAGGAAGGAGGCGCGGAAAUCGACAUGGUCGUGAACGUGGGCAAGGUCCUCGGUGGGGACUGGAACUAUGUGUCUGAUGAGAUCCGGCAGAUCAACGAAGCUGUUACGACCAAUGGUGCGAUCCUGAAGGUCAUUUUCGAGAAUGAUUAUUUGCAGUCCGAACAUAUUGCUCGGUUGUGUGAGAUCUGCACACAGAUUGGUGUGGCAUUUGUUAAGACUUCGACUGGGUAUGGGUUUGUGAAGCAGACGGAUGGGUCGUAUAAUUAUAAGGGCGCGACGGUGAAAGACUUGAAGUUGAUGCGCGAAAAGUCGGGUGAGAAAGUGCAGAUUAAAGCUGCGGGUGGUGUGAGGACGUUGGAUGACUUGUUGCAUGUCAUGAGUCUGGGUGUUACGAGGAUUGGGGCUACCGCUACCAUUGCUAUCCUGGAGGAUGCGAAGAAGAGGGGCAUUGGGAACGAGCCUGUUGAGGUUUCUUUAAGCCGAUGA